AUGGCUAAGAGCUGGAAAGCCCCCAAGAGCAAGAAGAUCACCCUCAACGUGGCCAAGAACUGCAUCAAAAUCACAUUUGAUGGGAGAAAACGCCUCGACUUGAGCAAGAUGGGGAUCACCAACUUCCCGAAAUGUAUUCUGAGACUCAGUGACAUAGACGAGCUCGACCUCAGUCGCAAUAUGAUCAGGAAGAUCCCUGAUUCAAUCUCCAAGUUUCAGAACCUGCGGUGGCUGGACCUGCACAGCAACUACAUCGACAAGCUCCCCGAGUCCAUCGGCCAGAUGACCAGCCUGCUCUUCCUCAACAUCAGCAACAACAGGCUCACCACCAAUGGGCUGCCUGUGGAACUCAACCAACUCAAGAAUAUCCGCACCGUGAAUUUGGGCCUGAACCACCUGGACAGCGUGCCCACGACACUGGGCGCCCUGAAGGAGCUCCACGAGGUCGGGCUCCAUGACAACCUGCUCAGCAACAUCCCCACUAGCAUCGCCAAGCUCCCCAAGCUGAAAAAGCUCAACACAAAGCGAAACCCCUUCCCCCAGAAAGAGGAGGCUGAAAUGUUCAUAGACUCCAUCAAGAGGCUGGACAACUUAUACCUGGUGGAGGCGAAGGAUCUGUGUGGGGCUUGCCUAAAGAAAUGCCAACAGGCCCGCGACAAGCUGAACAAAAUCAAGAGCAUGGCCGUGACAACACCGAAAAAGGCCAUCUUCAGCAGUCUGACCUCGCCCAACUCCAUGGCCAAGGAGUCCCAGGAAGAGUGGAGGACAGCCCCAGCAUCUUCCCAGAGUAGCUUAAGGGGAAAACCUGAAGACUGAUCAGCGAACAAGAAUACUCAGCUCUGAAGAAGAACAGCCUCAGUUAGGAGAAGAAAGU